AUGAGUUCAAACGCAACGCCUGAAAAAGUAACUGCGGAACAUGUUCUGUGGUACAUCCCCAAUAAGAUUGGUUAUAUCCGUGUUAUUACGGCCGCCCUUUCUUUUUUCGUCAUGAAGAACCAUCCAACGGCCUUUGCAUGGCUGUACACUACAUCGUGUCUGCUUGAUGCACUGGAUGGCACCAUGGCAAGAAAGUACAACCAGGUGUCCAGCCUGGGGGCCGUUUUGGACAUGGUUACCGACAGAUCGAGCACUGCUGGUCUGAUGUGUUUCCUAUGUGUGCAAUACCCUCAGUGGUGCGUUUUCUUCCAGUUGAUGUUGGGCUUGGACAUUACUAGUCAUUAUAUGCUUAUGUAUGCCAGUUUAAGCGCCGGUAAGGCCUCCCACAAAAGUGUUGGGGAAGGUGAGUCGAAACUGCUACAUCUUUACUACACCAGGAGAGAUGUAUUGUUUACUAUCUGUGCCUUCAACGAACUAUUUUAUGCCGGGUUGUACCUGCAGCUGUUUUCCCACUCUGCUACCUUCGGUAAAUGGACAACCAUCAUAAGUUUGCCCGGCUAUAUUUUCAAACAGACCGCAAACGUUGUUCAACUAAAAAGGGCCGCUUUGAUUCUAGCCGACAACGAUGCCAAGAAUGCCAAUGAGAAGAACAAGACUAACUGA